CAGGUGACGAUGCUCUGGUUCUCCGGCGUCAGGGCUCUGGCUGAGCGUCCUUGCCGACGCUCGCCUGGGAUUACCUGCUGCGUCUUGCUGCUGCUCAAUUGCUCCGGGGUCCCCAUGUCUCUGGCUUCCUCUUUCCUGACAGGGUCUGUUGCAAAAUGUGAAAAUGAAGGGGAGGUCCUCCAAAUUCCGUUUAUCACAGACAAUCCUUGCAUAAUGUGUGUGUGCUCGGUAAGUGUACGGGUCAGGCUGAGAAUUAUCUUUGACAUCACUGUUGUUCAAGUGAACUUGAGAUGGAUGGACUUUGUACGACAUUGUUUUGGGAAAGCUGCAGUUUGGAAUGCCCGAUACUACAAUGACGUCAUAGAUAUCAUGACCAGUUGUACCCUUGAAGGAAGAACCUACAACAGCUCCUUCAAAUGGCAAAGUCCGGCUGAGCCGUGUGUCCUUCGACAGUGCCAGGAAGGCGUGGUCACAGAGUCUGAGGUGCGCUGUGUUGUUCACUGUAAAAAUCCCACAGAGCAUCCCGGAGCCUGCUGCCCUACCUGUCCAGGCUGUGUGUUUGAAGGUGUGCAGUACCGGGAAGGUGAAGAAUUUCAGCCAGAAAGAAAUAAAUGUAUCAAGUGCUCCUGUGUUGGAGGCAGGACACAGUGCGUGAGAGAAGUCUGUCCCAUUCUCUCUUGUCCCCAGCACCUUAGUCACACACCCUCAGGACAGUGCUGCCCCAAAUGCUUGGGUCAAAGGAAAGUAUUUGACCUUCCUUUUGGGAGCUGCCUGUUUCGCAGUGAUGUUUAUGACAAUGGAGCCUCAUUUGUCUAUGAUAACUGCACAGUAUGCACCUGCAAGGAUUCUACAAUGGUUUGUAAAAAGAAGUGCUCCCACCCUGGUGUCUGUAAUAGUAAUGAGGAUGUCUGUUGUGAAGAGUGUCUCCUACGGGUGCCCCCUGAAGAUGUCAAAGUGUGCAAGUUUGGUAGCAAGAUCUUCAGGGAUGGAGAGAUGUGGUCCUCAGUCAACUGCAGCAUCUGUGCUUGUGUGAAGGGGAAGACAGAGUGUCGCAAGAAGCAGUGUGUUCCUGUUAGCAGCUGCCCACAGGGAAAUAUAUUAAACAAGAGGACCAUAUGCUCAAUUUUAAGUGAAAAACCCGGUGUGUGCACAGUAUUCGGAGAUCCCCACUACAACACUUUUGAUGGACGGACCUUUAACUUUCAGGGGACGUGUCAGUAUGUUUUGACGAAAGACUGCUCCUCCCCUGCCUCACCCUUUCAGGUGCUGGUGAAGAACGAUGCACGGAGGACCCGCUCCUUCUCCUGGACCAAGUCUGUGGAGCUGGUGCUGGGCGAGAGCACAGUCAGCUUGCAGCAACACCUCACUGUGCGCUGGAAUGGCUCUCGCAUUGCCCUGCCCUGCCACACGCCCCACUUCCAUAUCGACCUGGACGGCUACCUUUUGAAAGUUACUACCAGAGCAGGUUUGGAAAUAUCGUGGGAUGGAGACAGUUUUGUGGAGGUCAUGGCUGCCCCUCACCUCAAGGGCAAGCUCUGUGGUCUUUGUGGCAACUACAAUGGACAUAAACGUGAUGACUUGAUUGGUGGAGAUGGAAACUUCAAGUUUGAUGUGGAUGACUUUGCUGAAUCAUGGAGGGUGGAAUCCAAUGAAUUCUGCAACAGACCACAGAGAAAACCAGUGCCUGAGCUAUGCCAAGGCACAGUGAAGGUGAAGCUUCGAGCCCAUCGAGAAUGCCAGAAACUCAAGUCCUGGGAGUUUCAGACCUGCCACUCAACAGUGGACUAUACCACUUUCUACCGGUCCUGUGUAACAGACAUGUGUGAAUGUCCAGUCCAUAAAAACUGUUACUGUGAGUCAUUUCUGGCGUAUACUCGUGCCUGCCAGAGAGAAGGCAUCAAAGUGCACUGGGAACCUCAGCAGAGCUGUGCAGCUACCCAGUGCAAACACGGUGCUGUGUAUGAUACUUGUGGCCCAGGAUGUGUGAAGACGUGUGACAACUGGAAUGAGAUUGGCCCAUGCAAUAAGCCCUGCAUCGCAGGUUGCCACUGCCCAGCGAAUCUGGUCCUUCAUAAGGGAAGGUGCAUCAAGCCAGUCCUCUGUCCUCAGCGAUGACCUUUGUUCUAGUCCAUAAGACUUUGAAAUCUAGUGUCUUUGACACUGACAUGGAAGAGCCAGUGAAGGACUGUAGUAUUUGUGUGCCUGAUUCUGCAAAUACACAGAGUAUAUAUGUGUACAUAUAUAUAGAUAUAUAGAUAUAUUCGAAACAUUUCAUCAUUUCUAUAAAGUAUAGGUGGAUUAUUAUAUGUAUAUUUUUUGCUAUAAGACAUGUAUUAUUUCUAGAAUUCUAAUAUCUAAGCCAUUGGAUGCAUCAUAUAAAUACACAGGUGCUUUUAAUUUAAUAAGAUGGCAUGCAGACUCAUCAGGUAUCUUUAACAGUGCAUUCAUGUGUCAUUCUAGGGACACUCCCUAAGAGCCCUCAUGCCUGCCUGCAUUAAUUUAAGAUUUGAGUCAGGACCUUUGAGUGAGAUUUUCUUGAAGAAGGGUACUUUAUCUAGGGUUAUUUCAUAUUUCCAAAGACUGGAACAUAUGCCAGAGAAAGGUGGCAUGAGAUUGGGGAUGAGCUCUAGUGAGUAAAAACCAAGGCAAGUCUGUCAGACUUCACUGGGUCAGAGCUGGAUAUUGUUCCCAAAACUGGAUAGUUGCCAAGGGAUAUGUAGUUUUUCACUAGCAUGUUGCCAAAGUAUUUCUUUUCAUUUUUGCACAUCUCACAAGUCUCCUCAUUAUUGAUGUGUGCAAUGGGUAUGACCAUUUGUAUGUCAUGCACUGAAGUCAAAGGAUGUCUGGAUGACAUUUUAUUAAACACGAAAUGCUAUUUGGAGAAAACAUUGCACAACAUGUAAAGAAUCUCAGAGCAAUUUAGGAUUGGCAAAUCCAUUGAGUGGCUAGGGGCCAUCUACAUUUUGUCACUAUCCCAUGAUGUAUAAAAUGAAAGCCUCCAGCUAUUCUGUCUCAUUGCUGUCUGGUGUUGUUUGGUGCGUAUUCAUAUGUUGUGGGUAUUGGGCAGGAGAGAAGGAUCUGCUGACCAGUUGUUUUAGUCUCAUUCCAAAAGAGAAUUGUUUCUGUACUUGUUUUAAUUUUCUGAUGUUACUAACAGUUAUUGGUUCUUGUUUUCUGUUGGAUAAAUAAAAAUGUCAAAAGCAAAAACAAAAAACCUCACCCCCAACUCACUGAUGUUGAAAAGUAAAAUGUUCUGCAUUGUAGUAAAUAAAGGGCUUAAGAUUUAAA